AUGAACUCAAGUAACAAGACAAGAGUUUCAGAAUUUCUUCUUCUGGGAUUUUUAGAAGACAAAGACUUUCAACCUCUUAUUUAUGGUAUUUUCCUCUCCAUGUACCUGGUCACUGUCUUUGGGAAUAUGCUCAUCAUCCUGGCCAUCCUCUCAGACCCCCGGCUACACACACCCAUGUACUUCUUCCUUUCCAACUUGUCAUUUGUGGACAUUUGUUUCAUUUCAACUACUGUCCCAAAGAUGCUGGCCAACAUCCAGACCCAAAACAAGGUCAUCACCUAUGCAGGGUGCAUCGCCCAGGUCUAUUUUUUCCUGCUUUUUGUAGAAUUGGAUAAUUUCUUACUGACUAUCAUGGCUUAUGACCGUUAUGUGGCCAUCUGUCACCCCAUGCACUACACAGUAAUCAUGAACUACCAACUCUGUGGAUUUCUGGUUCUGGUGUGGAUUUCUGGUUCUUCUUGGAUUGUAAGUGUUUUGCAUGCUCUGUUUCAAAGCUUAAUGAUGUUGCAGCUGUCCUUUGGCACACAGCUGAAAAUCCCACACUUCUUCUGUGAACCUAACCAGGUGAUCCAACUCACCUGUUCUGAUACUUUUAUUGAUGUUCUGGUGAUGUAUUUUACACUUGUGCUGCUGGCUACUGUUCCUCUUAUUGGUAUCUUCUAUUCCUAUUUCAAGAUAGUCUCCUCCAUACGUGCAAUCUCCUCAGUUCAGGGGAAGUACAAAGCAUUCUCCACCUGUGCUUCUCACCUCCUGGUCGUCUCUUUAUUUUACUGCACAGGGCUAGGAGUGUACCUCAGUUCUGCUACAAACCACAGCUCACAAACAAGUGCAGCAGCCUCGGUUAUGUACACUGUGGUCACCCCAAUGAUGAACCCCUUCAUCUACAGUCUUAGGAAUAAAGAUGUUAAGAGUGCACUGAAAAGACUCUUUGGGAAAAAGUUAUAA